AUGGCCACUGAGUAUAUCAGAGUAUAUACUAGGAUUAAACCAUCCGACGCAGACACAAAAGUACUUGUUGUCAAUGGGAAUUGCCUUGAGGUGAAAACACUAACAAACGUUAACUCAUUCGCCUAUGAUGGCGUCUUAUCUGAGGAUUGCUCCCAGGUUGAUGUGUUUAAUUGUGUCGGUAAACGAAUAGUUGAAAGCUGUGUAGAUGGUUAUAAUGGCACGAUAUUUGCUUACGGACAAACUGGGUCAGGAAAAACCCACACAAUGAUGGGUCAGAGCGGGAGCUUGUCCUAUCUUUAUAAUGACUUACAAAAGGGAAUUGUUCCUAGGUCUGCCGAACUAUUGGUGGAUUUACUGGACAAGAAAAAAAGAGAAAUGAGCACUUUUCAUUUUGAAAUCAGUGUUUCCUUCGUAGAACUUUAUAAUGAAAUUAUAUAUGAUCUCCUCUGUGAGGAUCAGAAACAAAUCCUUCUUCGGGCUGAUGAUAAGGUUGUAACAUUAAUAGACGUGACUAAAGAGUUGGUUACUUCCGACGUCGAUAUUAUGAGAACAGUUGAAAUAGGACUAGCAAGAAGAUCUAAAGCCGCUACUGCCAUGAACAUCGAGUCAUCUAGGUCGCAUGCCAUCUUUAUAAUUGAAGUGACCAUGGAAGAAGAAUGUGGAGGAGUGAUAAAUCGGAAGCGUUGCACAUUGAACUUGGUUGACUUGGCGGGAUCUGAAAGACAGUCACAGAGUUUGGCUACUGGAGUUCGUUUGAAAGAAGCCGGUAACAUCAAUCAGAGUUUAACUGUACUAGGAAGAGUCAUCCGCACUCUCACACAAGACAAAGAUGGCUUUGUACCCUACAGAGAUUCUAAACUUACCCAUAUAUUGAAAGACAGUUUGGGAGGUAACAGCAGAACAGCAGUAAUUGCCUCUGUUCAUCCUGAUCAAACUUAUUAUGCGGAGACAAUAUCAACCUUGAGGUUCGCACAGCAAUGCAAGAUGGUUAAGAACAAGGCUUCUGCCAAUCGCGAGGUUAGCGGAGAAAGUGUGGAUUCUCUCAAAAAAGAAAUUUCUCGUUUGAUCAGUUUGAAAGAAGAAGAUUUUAUUGCCCACAAGAAAAUCGUGGAAGAGCUUGAAAAUGCUCUCAGAGAGACUCAAAUAGAGGUUGACAAUCAGGAACAGGUCAUUAAAGGCUUGAGAAGAGAGUUAGACAUGAUUCAAACCAACCAGUCUGAGUUUAGAAGCCAUAUGAAGAAAGUCGUGAAUGAUUCCUAUGUUGAUGGGACGAACAAUGUUGAAUACAAUAACCUUCCACCGCAACUAACUCCAAAACAAAAAAAAGAACGAAGGAGAACUCGAUACACGUUAUCAUCUCAGAAAGAUACACUGCAGAGACAUCAAGAAAAGAGAGGAGUUAGUAUUGUUUGGGGAGAUGAAGAAAUAGAAACCGAGGUAGAAAACAAAGAAAACGAAGAAGAUGAGCUCACUGCUUCUUUAAAAGAAAAUAAUUCUAAGCUAAUGAAAGAGAACCAAGAACUAUCACGACAAUGCAAAGAAUUCGCUAUGGAAAAGAAAGCUUUGGAAGACUUGUUUGCAUCCACCAGUGACAAGUUGAAGGCGUCUGCUGAUAUGGAGAACGUGCUGUCACAACAGUUAGAGGAUAAAGCAAGUAGUGAAGCGAAAAUGCAGGAAGAUAUCGAUGAAUUGAAUCAGAAAGUUAUGGAGUUCGAGGAUAAGAUGCUAGCUAUGGAAAUUGACUUGAACAAGGAAAGGCAAGCGUAUGAAAUGGAAUUGGUCGAGGCCAAAGCCAAAGUGCUAGCAGCCAACGGAGAGAUAGAAUCUUUGAAACUUAUGUGCGAGACGAGUAAUUCGAACGAAUCAAAAGCUAAGAAAGAGAUUAAAAGUCUUCUGAAAGAGUUGGAAAAAACAAAGAUGAGAGUUCAAGAGGACAGACGGCUACAUGACGACAUGAUGAAACUGCAGAUGAGGGAAUUGGAGACGCAGAAAGAAAAUUAUGAAAAGAAGCUUGCUAGUUUAGAUGAUAAGUUGAUGACACAGAAAGUCUCUUCUCAUCAGUACAAAGAGGAACGGCUACAAAUUGAGAGUACUGUUGAAAGGCAGAAGGAAGAGCUACGACGUCAAAAUGUAGAUUGUCAAAGACUACGAGAGGAAAUAGAUCGGCUAUUAGAGAAAGAGCAAGCCAUGCGUCAUUCUCACUCAGAAGAAAUCAAACAGUUGAACAACACUACCAAUGAGAAGUUGGAGAGUUUAGUUGAAGCUGAGAAGAUGUGUGAAGAUGCCAUCUGCAAAAAGAAAAGCAUGGAAAAGAAACUGACUAAAGUUGAAGAGGAAUUAGCUGAAGUGAGAGAGAAACUAGACAAGAUGAUGGAAGAGAAACGGUUAUUAGAAACUAAUAAUGAGUUGCUCAGUGCACAACAUAAUGAAGAUAUGGAUAAGCUCACCCAUUUUAUAGGUCAAUCUAAUCCCAAGCAAAGAAUCAAAGAGUUCGCGAAGCUGAAAACGGAAAAUACAGAGCUAAAGAAGAAGCUUGCAGCAUUAGAGAGACAACAAGUACCCGAUGCAACAGUGGAAGUAAAAGUAACCAGGAGUAGAGCGAAAGCUGCUGCUCCCUCCGGGCCUUAG